AUGGGAGCUGCCCUGGCUUCCGCCUGCGCGCGUGUCGAACAGCCGCAAGCCACUGGCGACCAGACAGAAGAUCUGCAAGCCUUCGACCGCGCCUUGCUCGCGCAGGUGAAAAAAGGCAAAUUGGAGGACAAUUAUGAGAUGUUGGAAGAGCUGGGCAGUGGCAGCUUCGGCGUCGUUAGCAGAGCAAGGGACAUACGAAGGAAAUGCGUGUCUAUGGCAACGUACGUUGCCGUAAAGACGAUUCCCAAGAAGAAAAUCUCCGAUCCUAAAACCGUCAAAGACGAGUUCAAUGUCCUUCGCCAGCUGGACCAUGCACAUAUUUGCAAAGCAUAUGAGUGUUACGAAGAUCGUCGCCACAUCUAUUUGGUCAUGGAUAUAUGCGCUGGAGGAACAUUACUGGAAAGCCUGUGUGUCCAACAGCGUUUCCCUGAAGCGGACGCCGCAAAGAUCAUGCGUCAGACACUGUCUGCUUUGUCUUACUUGCACCAAGCAAAUUUCAUUUUUCGAGACCUGAAAACAGAAAACAUCAUGUUCGCAAAGCCUGUCCAAGAAGGGGAAGUUGGCAACAUCAAACUGAUCGAUUUCGGCUUGUGUUGCCCCUUUCGACCUGGAGCAAAAAUCACUCGCGCGGCUGGAACCCCGUACAGCGUCGCUCCUGAGUUGGUAACUGCUCCUGUACAGUAUGACCAGCGGUGCGACUCUUGGAGUGCUGGUGUAGUCAUGUUCAUCAUCUUGUCUGGACAGUAUCCUUUCCAUGGGAAGACAAAGGAUGAGCUUCUGCACAAGAUUCGGAAGGAGCCUGUGAGCUUCAAAAGCGCGAGAUGGAAGAAGAUCUCCAAAGAGGGUAAGUCCAUCUUGGUGGAAUUACUGCGCAAGAAGCCUGAGAACAGAUGCUCCGUUGCAGAUGCCCUUCGACAUGAGUGGCUCAAAGUCCAGGUACAAUUGCCCAGCGCGCCCAUCAUGCAAGGCAUUGUCGACACCAUGAUCCAGUUUCAGUCGCUGAACCUAAUGCAGAAAGCCGCCCUAACUGCCCUUGCAUGGCGUGCCUCCGAUGAGGACACGCAGCACUUGAGGCAGGUCUUUGAAAGUUUGGACAAAGACGGAAAUGGGCACAUGACCAUGGGAGAGCUGCGUGGUGCAUUUGCGGAGGUCGGCGUGACCUUACCCGGCGGACUGAGCUUGUGUGGAGUUGGAACUGACGGCAACGACACCAUAGAAUACACGGAGUUCUUGGCCGCGGCACUGGACAAGAAGAAAGUGUUGAAGGAAGACGUGGUGUGGGAGGCGUUCAAGAUAUUCGAUGCUGAUGGGAGCGGCACAGUCACGAAAGCGGAGCUGUGCAAACUGCUUACCUCCGGUCGCAACAGCGACAAGAGCAAGCAGGAGAAAGAGUCCAAGGCAAUCGAUGCUCGCCAACACUCAGAGCCUCUUAAGGGGUUGGGUGAGGUGGGGAUACUGGGACAUCUUAGGGCUUCGGGUUUCUGA